AUGUCGCGCCCAGGUCUGCCUUGUGCCUUUGCUUUUGCUGAUGUCGCCCUCGGCCUGGCCCGCCUGCGCCUGGAUCCUGAGCUUGCUGCCGGUGCUUGGCCUCAGCGCACGGGCAUCCGUCGGGAGCAGCUGAGGCCCCACCGUGCACGCCGCCCUCCAGACCCGCUGCUGGCGCCGCUUCUGCUUCGGGGUCUCGCAGGCCCCCCACCGCAGCCCCUGCCACGGCAUCGCCUGCCUGGCUCCCACAGGCACCGGUGGCCGGUGUCUGCCUUCAGGGACCCAGCCUGGGAGCCCCACAAGCACUGGAGCACCCCGCCAGUCUCCGCCUGGUCCCUCAGCGUCCCCAGCACACCCAGCCCCUCUCAGGGCACGUCCCCACCUCCCUGUGCCUGCUCAGCAUCCGUCCUGGGCAGCCUGCUGUCACAGCAGGCCCUGAGUCCCUGCCACCCUGCACUCGGAGAUGACGAGCUCAGCUGCUUCCCGGUGGUGCUUCUGUGCCCGGGCAGCACCACCACCGUUACCCGACCUCUGAGCUCCAGGGAGCUGCAGGGGCCGUGGCCGAGCGUGGCCCCCUACCCCUUCCCCACCCUGCAGGAACAGCUGCAUGUGGCUCAGUUCACCAACAACGCUGCCCCUGGCGUGUGGUGCUACAUGUCCUCUCUGCCCCCGGGCGCACACACGUGCCCGCUGUGCCUGGGGCCCCCAGGGGCCGAUGCUGGUGUCGCCUGGCACAGCCCAGGCCCCUCCCCUACAAGAGGCCUGGAGGGCGUCUCGUGCCGCCUGCCGGCCAAGCGUAGAUCAGCGCGGGCCGACGUGCUCCAGGGCUGGGACCGCCGGUGUCUGCAGCGCCUGGUCUACACCUCCCAGCACCAACGGCUGCGGCGCGGCCACCCCCAGCCUGGCUGGCACCUGCCCUUCCACAGACGGCGUUCCUGCUCAGGGAGUCCGGAGGCCCAGAGGUGCCGAAUGGCGUCAGGUGUGCACAGCGGGGCCCAGGAGGAAGUGGUGGCCCGGGGCCGUCCUGCUGCCUUGACCAGGCCCUGUCUCCCCCAGACCCAAAUCCUGGGACCCCCAGCUUUGGUCCUCAAUGUAACCGAGGCUGCCUGGGGCUGUCACCUGGGGCCAGGUGGGGGAGACGCACAUAGCUCUAGCCCGAGGCCCGCCCACGAAACCCUGCACGGCCAGCCUCUGUCAUCCCCGACCCACCCGCUAGUCCUGGACCCGUUGCCCGAGGCCCCCGCGCCUUCCUGCCCCGGACGUCUCAGCCAAGACGAGCAGCGCACGCCGCCGCACGGACAUGGGCCCCAGAGUGGGGCCUACACGCAGGGCCUGCCCCAGCAAGGAUGGGGGAGGCAGGUACUGCCCCGCACGCCGGGCAGCCGGGUGCCGACAGGGCACGGGGAGCCCAGUCCUCGCCACAGGCCGGAGGUCCUGGCAGGCACAAGACAGGGACAGGGCAAGGGUGCCCUGGCAGGCCAUGGCCUCGCCCUCCUGUCCCUCACUGCCCACUGCUCCCGGCCCCGGGCUGAGGGCUUCACCCAGGGAGCGCCGGACGCCGGCGGGGCCGACCUGUGGGCCAGCGCCAACAGCUCCCUGCUGCAAGGCUUCUGGUGCUGGCCGGCCAGCCAGCUGCCCCGGGACCGGCUCUCCGCCCUGGUCAGGAGGAUGGCCGCGCUGCAGGUCCUCCUGGAAGCCUGGCAGGAAGGCCAGGUGUCCCCCCCUCCGGGUGGUUUCUGGGGCGUCCCCGCUGGGUCCGUCUACCUGCCCAUCUCCCACUCGCCUGGGCUGGCUCCUCCCGCUUCAGUGGGUGCCUGUGCCCCCCGGGGACCCGCAGGGCUCUGUGAGGGCUUCGCGGGCCGCUGGCGUCUCCGCCAACUGGGGCUGCAGGACCUUGGGCUAGCGGACAAGGGAGUGACCCGUCGCCCUCCUGCCCAGCUCAGCUGCUUGGCCAACCUGGCCUCGCGCCACGGCCUUCAGGAGGACUUCGCGCUCCACCCGCCAGACCUGCUGCUUUUCUACAACCUGUCCCAGGUGAGGGAAGCCGACUGCCGCGCCUUCACCCGCCGGGCCGCCCAGGGCCGCCUGGAGCUGCUGGCCAACCUGCCGGACCAGAGAGGGGCCCUGCGACGCGCAGCCCUGGCCUGCCUGGGGAGGCCCCACCCGCGGCUCAGAGCCCCUGACCUGCUGCUCCUCGGGGCGCUGGUGUGUGACAUGGACCCGGCCAGCAUCGUCACCGCGGACCCGCCUGUGCUGCAGAACCUGCGGCGCUGCCCCCGGCUGACGCCCGCCCAGGGGGCCGCCCUGAACACGCUGCUGGCCGGUGGGAGGACCCAGCUCGGGCCCCCUGGCUCCUGGACCCUGGAGGGGCUGCAGGCCCUGGGGCCCCUGGCCACCUACAUCAGCCCCCGCCUGUGGGCGCAGGUGCAGGAGGCCACGGGCCUGGACUUCUUCCGCAGCGUGGUGGCUGCGAGCCGCACGGGGCGGCUGGGCCGGCAGGAUGCCAGGCGCUUCGUCACCAGCUUCCUGGAGUCCCAGGCCAACGCCGUGUCCUCAAGGGGAGCAGCCGCGGCUGGCCAUCUGGUCGCCCGGAUGCCCACAGGGAGGUCCUGCGUCCGUGGCAACAUCACGGCAGCCAUGCUGCGGGACGACCUCUUCCUGGUGCGCUACGACUGCACCCAGCUCCGGCUCUGCCUGGGCAGCCGCGUGCUGGCGACCAGCCUGGACCCCCUGCUGCAGCAGCCGCUGCCCACCGAGUGCCAGCGCGUCGUCAAAGCCAAGCUCGCGCAGCUGUACCCGCGGGGCAUCCCCGAGCACCAGCUGCGGCUCAUCACCUCGCUGGUCUACCUCUACUCCAGCGCCGAGAUCGGCCAGUGGAACAUCACGUCCAGGGACACGCUGGUGGCCCUGCUGGCCUCGGGUGUGGCCCUGGACAACCAGACGGAGGCCGUCCUGCAGAAGUUCCUGGACCACAACGGGACCAUCACCGGCACCCUGCUGGUGGCCGUCGGGGGCUCCCGCCUCUGCUGGAUGAGUCCCCGGCAGAUCCAGACCAUCCAGCCCGUGGAGUUCCGGCUGGCCGGAGCCCUGGACGUCUCGUCCUGCCCACAGAGCCGGAAGGACGUGCUCUACGCCAAGGCCCGGGAGGCCUUCAGCGGCACCCGGACCGUGGCCUCCUACUACCGCUUCAUGCGCCCCUACCUGGGCGGCGCCCCCGUGGAGGAGCUGCGGCACCUGGCCCAGGCCAACGUCUCCAUGGACAUCGACACCUUCACUAACCUGAACCCCCGCGUGCUGCAGAGCCUGAGUGUCGGCAAUGUGACCACGCUGCUGGGGCAGAACGCGGGGGACCUGUGGAAGGCCCGCAGCCACCCCACCGUCAGCUCCUGGCUCCGCGGCCUCGACAGCUCGGCCCUGGGCUCGCUCGGCCUGGACGCUGACCUCGCCAGCCCCACCGGCCCCGCCCGCACGACCGGGGUGUCCCCCGGCACCACCCCCCCGGCGCCCCACCUAGGCCACACCGUGGGCCUGCCUGGGAAGGACCCCAAGGCUCCCACCUCGGGCAGCCCACGUGCCCUGCUGGGGUGUCUGCCGCUGGCCAUGGCCCUGCCCUCCGGCCUCCUGUGGCUGCUGCGUCGCGGCCCCCUGGGGCCCGACCGCACCUGCUCGAGGGGCCCCCGCACCCCGGCUCCCAGCACAGUGCCGCCCCCGGGCUGGCAGGGCCACAGGCGUCACACGCAGGGAACACGGGGGCGCUAGGUGGGGCUGGACGCGGCUCUGGGCCCGGCGGACCUGCCUGUGUGGACGUCCUCGGGGGCUGCAGAGCCAGCCUCACUCCAGCCUCCUGGACCUGGAGGCCACUGGGGACCGGGACCCGGGAGGAGCCGGGACCCCCCGGCCACGAGCCCCGGCCCUCCAGCCUCGUUCGGGAGGACGGGGGCCGGGCAGGGGUGUGGGUGCCGCUGGCUUCACUGGUGGAUGCGAAUA